UUCAUUAACAAACUCCUCAAAUAAAGAUAUCCUACUUUAACUUUAUCCUAGUCACUCAUAUAUCAUUUCUUUAAAAAGGGGACUUCAUGAAGUUCUUUAUAAGCAUUGUAUUUCCAUUUCUUAUUUGCUUCAAUUAGAUACCUUUACCAUGACUAAUAAAUUAAUACUAGUCCUAGCAUGUCUAACUUCACUAAUUUGUUCUACUAUGUGUUUGAGUAAGGGAGGAGAAAGUUAUGUCCGCGAUGCAUGUAGUGUGACUCGAUAUCAGAACCUCUGCCUCCACUCAUUAGCAUCAUUCUCGAGGACGGCCAAGGACAACCCUAGCAAGUGGGCCCGGGCAGGGGUCUCGGUGACAAUAAGCCAAGCCAAGGGUGUCACUCAAUCCUUGUUGAAAUUGAGGAAACAAAAUUUCUUGAAAGGGAAAGGUAGAGUUGCUAUUUUAGAUUGUGUUGAUUGUUUGCAAGAUGCACUUGACAAUCUACACAACUCAUUAGGGGUGCUAAGAAAACUUAGUAGCCAAACUUUUAAUGACCAAAUGGGUGAUGUGACCACUUGGCUAAGUGCUGCUCUAACUGAUGAAGAAACUUGCUUAGAUGGACUUGAAGACAAAAAGAGAAAACAAGUUAAGUUACUCUUGAACAAAGUCACAAAUGUGAGUUAUAUGACUAGUAAUGCACUUGCUUUAGUCAACAAACUUGCAACAACAGGACCACAAUGCUUAGAAAAUUCAUAGUAGAAGAAUUUGCAAAUUUUUUCUUUAUAUGAAUUUAUUAGCAACUGCUUUGAAA